AACAAGCAGAUUUUAUAUAGAAAUGAAUAUGGGUGUCUUACCAUAUUAUUUCUCAAUCAAGGCAUUGCUUUGGGUUUUAGUAGUUUUUGUUCAAACUCGUGAGUACAUGGGUUGCUUGGAGGAAGAGAGAGUUGGUCUGCUUCACUUGAAGUCAUUUCUUAUCAUAUCGAUUCCGUCUCUCAGAGCUUAUAAUUCAGCCUAUGAUCAUCUUCCUUCAUGGGUCGACCAUGAGAAGAGUGAUUGUUGUGAUUGGGAGCGGGUCACGUGCAACUCCACCACAGGUCAUCUGAUAGAACUGUCCCUCGACAAUUUAAUGCAGGAUCCUCGUUAUAACUAUGAUGAUGAAUAUUAUUACAAAAUGGGGCAAUUUUAUGAGAGACUUUCAAGGAAAUUAGUUACGUUGAGAAAUUUGAACACACUGGAUAUAAGCUCCAAUAGCUACAAUGGUACCCUCCCAAAUCAAGGUUUCGAAAGGCUAGCGGUACUGAGAAACUUGGAGACAUUGAUCCUCGAUUCGAAUAACUUUCCCUACAGCAUCAUACCAUCUCUAAGUGGUACUUUCGAAAGGCUAUCCGUAUUGAGAAAUCUGAAGACAUUGAAUCUUGAUGACAAUGGCUUUAAUGACAGCAUCAUACCAUCUCUAAGUGGGCUUACAUCUCUUACGUCAUUGAGUCUUACGGGGAAUUAUUUACGAGGAGGAGGUGAAGGUUGGAAAAUGUUGUCAAGAUUGGAGAAUCUGGAGAUAUUAGAUCUUUGUAAAAAUUUACUCAACGACACUAGUUUUCUUCAAUCAAUUGUUGCAGUCAAAUCUCUUAAGACUCUCAAUCUUAAAUACAAUCAGUUGACGGGAUCCUUUUCAACCAAGGAGGUAGCAAAUUUAACAAACUUGGAGGUUCUUAUCUUGCAAGGUAAUCAUUUUGGUGGACGACUAGCAAUCCAAGAAUUUUGUGCACUGAAGAAGCUUAAAGUGUUAGAUCUAUCUCACAAUUACUUUGAGGGGAUCCUACCUCCAUGCCUAAACAAUAUGACAUCUUUUGUGGUGUUAGAUAUUUCCGGUAACCAAUUCAAUGGAAAUGCUUCAUCAUCAUAUGUAGAAGCCAGCGGAAUGAGUCUCGAGUACAUUGAUUUUAGUUAUAACCUGUUCGUGGGCAUAUUCUCAUUCAACUUAUUUGCCAAUUACUCUAAGCUUGAGGUUCUUAGAUUCAACGGCCAAAACAAUAAAGUUGAAAUAGAAACUGAAGGCUCCAUGGGUUGGUCCCCUUUGUUUCAGUUGAAGAUCAUUGAAUUGUCCAACUGUAGUCUGAACAAGCUCAUCGACAAUAUUCCGAAAUUUCUUCUUGUCCAGCAUGAAUUGGCUACAGUUGAUCUUUCUCACAGUAAGUUGAAAGGAAACUUUCCAAAUUGGUUGAUUGAAAACAAUACAAGAUUACGCGUGCUAGAUCUUCAAAAUAACGCUUUUAUGGGUCAGUUAUAUUUACCAUCAUUCAUCCACAAGCAUAUUACCUUGAUGGAUGUCUCGACCAAUCACUUGGACGGAAAACUUCAAGAAAACAUUGGCAUGAUUUUUCCAAAUUUAGCAUACCUAAAUCUUUCCAAUAAUAAUCUUGAAGGUAAUCUUCCUUCCUCGAUUAGUGGCAUGCUUUAUUUGGAGGUAUUAGAUUUGUCUUUCAAUCAUUUCUCAGGCGGGGUCCCAAGAGGACUAAAUACAGGUUGCUUGUCAUUGAAAUUUUUGAACCUUGCUUAUAACAGCUUUAACGGUACAAUUUUCGUUGGGACAAACCAGAGAAUUCUGCAAAUGAAUGGUAAUCAAUUCACAAGUAUCUCAUUGGUACCGAAUUCAACUGUUGGCAAACUAUUAUAUUUAGAUAUCAGCAACAACAAAAUUUCAGGUACAAUCCCCCGAUGGCUUGGGAACACGUCAUACUUCAAGACUCUUAUAAUGGCUAACAAUGAUUUUUAUGGUCAGAUCCCAUGUGAACUAAGUAUGACAGGUACUUUAGACCUUUCUCAUAACUUAUUUAAGGGAUUGUUACCCUUUUGUUUGAAUCUACCAAAUCUUGAACACCUAUAUUUGCAAGGGAACAAAUUCACAGGAUCAAUACCGAAAGUUCUUUUCAAUUCCUCAUCUCUUUUGACAUUGGAUAUUAGAAAUAACAAAUUUACGGGUGUCAUCUCUAUUGAAAUCAAAGAACUUCAACAGUUACAAGUACUUUUGUUGAGUGGCAAUCAUUUCACUGGUAUAAUUCCGAAUCAGUUAUGUUUGUUAAAGAUGAUAAACAUAAUGGAUCUUUCCAAGAAUGCUUUUUCUGGGACCAUACCACAAUGCCUCUACAAGAUAUAUUUUGGGAAGAUCACGGUACGUAGUUUUGACUAUUCUCGUGAAGAAUCUUCUUCAAUGUCUAGGGGUUAUCUACCUUACACACAUAAAGGUUUCUCAGACAAAGUUGCUAACUCCUUCGAAGAUAAAGAAUAUAUUGAUGCAGAAGUAGAGAUUGAGUUUGUAACCAAAUAUAGGCAUAGUUCUUAUAAGGGUUAUAUCCUUCGUUACAUGUCUGGAUUGGAUUUCUCAUGCAACAAUCUAACAGGUAGCAUCCCACUUGCGUUGGGCCAAAUAUCUUCAUUGCGUGCACUAAACUUAUCUUACAAUCACCUGACUGGUAAAAUUCCAACAACAUUCUCAAAAUUGGCUCUCUUGGAAAGUCUAGACCUCUCUCAUAAUAGUUUGAGUGGAGAAAUUCCUUCAGCAUUGAUUGAUCUAACCUUUCUUGAGGUAUUCAAUGUGGCCAACAACAACCUAUCAGGUAAAGUUCCAGAUAUGAAAGCACAAUUUGGAACAUUUGAGAAAAGCAGCUAUGAAGGAAACGUAUUUCUUUGCGGACCACCACUAGAUAAAAGUUGUGCCAAAAUAAAAGAGUUAGAUCCAACACCAACCCAAUCUUCAAAUGAAAGUGACAAAAAAUGGUAUGAAGUAGAUCCUAUGGUCUUCCAUACAAGCUUCUCGGUAUCUUACAUCAUUUUCUUCUUUAGUGUUAUGAGUCUUCUUUAUAUUAACCUUUAUUGGCUACAAAGAUGCUCCAACUUAAUGGAAGAUCUUAUAUACUCCUGUUAUUAUUUUGCUUUUGAUACCUCAAAAAGGUUGUCAAAUUGUCUAUGUAAUUAAGAUACAUUGAUUUUCUUUUGGCAUCGUUAAUGAUAGUAAUAAUGGUCGGUUAUCUUUGAAUUUGAUUUUGAAUAAUUAGUUAUUGGGCAUAAAUAUGAAAGAGAUGUUCCCUUAAACUUGUUAUUCUAUUUGACUAUGGAGAUGGUUUUCCAUAUUUGGGAAUUCUUCAUUCUAUGUGAAUCGGGAUUAAAUAAAUCAAGUAUUGUAACGUUCAUCCUUGUGGUGGGAUUUUUUAUAAAAUGAUUUUAGAA